ACACCUCCUGCUGCUGCUGCUGCUGCUGCUUCUUGUUCUUGUUCUUCUUCUUCCUCCACCACUCCGCGCAGCGAAACACGGAACGGAACGAAGAAAAUCGCAGAGCUUGAACUCCAGCGGGAAGAAGCAUGAGCAGCAUCGGGACGGGUUACGACCUCUCGGUCACCACUUUCUCCCCCGAUGGCCGCGUCUUCCAGAUCGAAUACGCCGCCAAGGCCGUCGACAACAGCGGUACUGUGAUUGGUAUCAAGUGCAAGGACGGGAUUGUCAUGGGCGUCGAGAAGCUGAUAACGUCGAAAAUGAUGUUGCCCGGUUCCAAUCGGCGCAUCCACUCCGUCCACCGUCAUUCCGGCAUGGCUGUUGCCGGAUUAGCAGCAGAUGGGAGACAAAUUGUUGCACGAGCAAAGUCCGAGGCAACUAAUUAUGAGAGUGUUUAUGGUGACGCCAUUCCUGUAAAGGAGCUCGCCGAACGUGUUGCUAAUUAUGUGCAUCUGUGCACCCUCUAUUGGUGGCUCAGGCCUUUUGGUUGUGGAGUUAUUCUCGGAGGUUAUGACAGAGACGGACCUCAAUUAUACAUGAUUGAACCGUCUGGUAUUUCCUAUAGAUACUUCGGGGCUGCAAUCGGCAAGGGAAAACAAGCUGCAAAGACAGAAAUUGAAAAGUUGAAGCUCGCAGAGAUGACGUGCAGGGAAGGAGUUAUUGAAGUAGCUAAGAUCAUCUACAAGGUGCACGAUGAGGCAAAGGACAAGGCAUUUGAACUAGAAAUGAGCUGGGUCUGCGAUGAGUCAAAGAGGCAGCAUGAGAAGGUUCCUGACAACCUCCUAGAGGAAGCAAAGGCUGCAGCUCGAUUGGCAUUGGAAGAGAUGGAUGCUGAUUAAAUAUUCAAUGGGAUGAACAACACCCUUUCAAUGCAUGAUUUUACUGUUGUGAUAUUGACAGUACGAGGGAUGGUCUUUUAAGGAAUUCUUUGGGUGGUUUCGUGCAAGGAACGAUCAGAGAUUGAUCAACAUCUAAGUGAAUUUCUCAUCUGAGAGGCC